AUGCUCCUCCUCAGAUCCCACCACCUGCUCCUCCCCCACGCCGCCCGCCUCCUCGCCCGCCGCGCCGGCGCCGCUCCCCUGCCCCGCACCGCCGCCGCCGCUGCCCGGUUCCGCCCGCUCCGGAUGUCGACCUCCAAUUCCAGCGCCAGCGCCAGCUCCCCCGCCGCCCCCUCGCCCCCCGCGGUGCCCAAGUCGAGGAUCCCUUUCUGCCCGGCCUGCGGGAGCCCGACGAAAAUGGCCGUGCCGGAUGGGGACGAGAAGAUGCGGGCAGUGUGUUCUUCCUGCGGUAGAGUUCACUACGAAAACCCCAAAAUGGUUGUUGGGUGCCUUGUGGAGCAUGAGAACAAGGUCCUACUUUGCAGAAGAAAGAUAGAACCAGCUUAUGGUCUUUGGACUCUUCCCGCUGGUUAUUUGGAGGUCGGAGAGUCUGCAGCACAAGGAGCCUCCAGGGAAACACUGGAAGAAGCUUGUGCAGAUGUGGAAAUAGUCUCUCCUUUUGCUCAGCUGGAUAUUCCGCUGAUUGGCCAAAGUUACAUUAUUUUCCGAGCAAGAAUGAAGACCCCAAAUUUCUCACCUGGAGUCGAGUCGCUAGAAUGUGCACUUUUUGCUCUGGAUGAUAUACCAUUCGAUUCUCUAGCAUUUUCUUCAAUCAUCGUCACCCUGAGAAUGUAUAUUGAAGAUGUCAAGUCUGGAAACAUCAAAUUCCAUUACUGCACUAUAAACAAGAGGAUUGGAGCCGGAGCUUCAGACCUCCGCAGUUUCGAUAUCGACAACCAUUUAGCUGUGUGAGCUUGUGCAAAUUUCAAUGCUGAUCUCGAUGGAUAAUGUGAUUUCUGUCACACAGCAACCCUAGGACAUCGGCGCAGCAAUCACAUUGGUCGUUGGUUCAACUGGUCAUGCAUGGACUCAUGGGUGGGGCCUUGUGUGGCCACGGAUUGUUGUAGGUUGUUAAGCUGCUCCUGGAAUUGUAAAUGAUUAUGUUUCUUGAAGAGCCCUUCUUUUCACAAAGGAUAUCUUGAGCAAUUUAGAAGAUGGUUGCAUUUUGAUUUUAUCAGCUUA